CUUGUCGGACAUUUCUCGAGAAUUUUCUGCGAGGUUUCUCGAAGAUGUCGUCCAAGAAGCCGUUCCCAAACGGCGAGGCAGCUCCAGAGGGUUCUGUAGGUCGCCAUGGAAACCAGCGGACCUUAGGAAUCGUCCUGGCGCUGUCAGGACUCGCGUCUGUGGUGAGUGUCGUCACCCUGCUGUUCGUGGUGCGAGAGCUUACGUUCCUACGGGCGCAACAAGGAGCCUUACAAGAUCACCAAGGAAGAGACCAUGACCAGCUGGUGGUACUGCGCAGCCAGCUUCAGGACCUGAUGCAAUGGAAGCAUGAGCUGGGAGUUAAGACCAGUGAGCAACUCACCCCCGAGGGCCCAACUAGCUCAACUGAAGACUGGCGACGUGCUGACAGCGCCACCUUUUGGAAAAGUGCGGAGGUGCACCACAGAUCCAAGAGGGAGGCGAUGGCCAACACUGUUCUCUUCCAUGGCAAACUUGGAGCAGGUCUCGGAUGUUCGUCCGGAGCCCCCGGGAGGGAUGGAAGAGACGGUAUGCAGGGUCCUGCCGGCCCGCCCGGACCCCCUGGACAGUGUUGCAUUGAGAGGCAGACUCCCUCCCCAGAGGAGGCGACUACCCCGACACCCACAUCCACCACCCCGGAGCCAUCUGGAGGUGCACAAGACUGCUCGGAACUCUAUGCGGCAGGACAGACUACAAGCGGAGUCUACGACAUCAGACUCGGCUCCUCUAACGUACAGACCUACUGUGACAUGGAUACCGCAGGGGGUGGCUGGACCGUGAUACAACGGCGGCAGGACGGGUCGGUUCGCUUCGACCGGACUUGGGAGGAGUACAAGCACGGGUUUGGGAACAAGAACGGGGAAUACUGGCUUGGGAACGAGAACAUCCACCUUCUGACCAGUCAGAAGAACUAUACCCUCAGGGUGGAUCUCGAGGGAUGGGACGGACAGACAGCGUAUGCAACGUAUUACAGUUUCAGGGUGUCCGGUGAGUCGGACCAGUACCUGCUGACGCUUUCCGGAUAUUCAGGCACCGCGAGAGACUCCAUGGGUAACUACAACACCGAGCCCAGGUUCUCCACUGUGGACAGGGACAAUGAUGCCUGGAGCAGCCACUGUUCUCAGAGUUACGGGCAAGGCGGCUGGUGGUAUCCCGGAAACUGCGGCAGCUCCAUCCUCAACGGCCGCUACCUGGACAACUGUGGUUACUCCUGUCCAUGGAUGCAAGGUGUGGUGUGGUACGGCUGGAGAGGCUUGCGUUACUCCCUGAAGGCUGUGUCUAUGAAGAUCAGGCCAUAACCGACACGCGUACGGUAUGGCAUUAACACGUGACAUGUGUUGGCAUUUUCAAUGAAUUCAUUAAUC